ACAAUUAGCCUGUCCAUUAGCACGUACGCUUAAUUAACUCUCACGAUUAAUAACUAUAAAUCUUGUGACUGCUUUUACGCAAUUAUUCCGCAUGAUUUCAUUUUCGAACUUUUUGAUCGGAAACAGAACGCGCCUCGCGUAUAUGAAACUUUUAAUUAAGCAUGAUGGUGAUACAUUUAGCUAAUAAAUACUCUUGAAACUCAGCCCGUAUUUUAAUAAUUAUCGAUUGCGUGGUACGUUUGUACAUUUGCGAUUUGAUAAAACCAUUUCUCGUGAUUUCGAGACUUUAUUAUUGGUACGCUGUUGGAACGGAUGAUAGACGAGCGGCUAAUAAUCGCAAACUUUCUAUCUUUUUCGCAUUAUUUUUCCAUAGUAAUGAACAAUAAUAGGAUACGCGUUGCGUGCGAUUAGUGUCGAGAGAGUAUCAGGCAAAACGCCGUGAUUAUCCUAUUCCAGUGAUUUAGUACGGCGCGAUUGUAAUUAAAUAUCUUUCGCGAGUGUUGUGUUGUACGAAUGUAACGAUGAAUCUGAGAGGAGGAGGCCUGGGAGGCAUCGAGCAAUGACGGAGCAAUCAUGAGAUCUCGGUACCAUCUAUAGACAUCGCGUACGAUAGCGAGAGUCAUCCAAUAACGACGAGGAUGUAGCCCGUGUGGCAGGGCUUUUCGACGAGAGAGAGAACCGCACGAAUUUCAAGUCAGGACGAUGAUGAUGCGCGCGAUACAGGGAAGAGGAAUUGACCGAGGGAAGAACAGGUCAGCGUAGAAGAAAGAAGGAGAGAUUCCUCCUUGCUUCCUCGCGAGAGAACACGCCGGAUGUUAUCGCGAGACUGAUAAAAACACUGCCAGGAGUAAUGACGAGCUAGAUUGCCGCUUCGUCCGCUGAACCGUUCCUUGGUCGAUCUUGGCUUUCGCUCCUCGCUAACUGCCCCCCUACCUGCCUUCCCCCUACGUGUCGGCCCUGCCUUCGUCACGUACACACACGUACACGCUUAUAUUAAUAUAUACACACCCGCUCUCUCUCUCCCUCGAGAGAUCAAAGACUGAAAAUAAAAGGUGGCGACAUGUUGGGCGUGAGUCAGCCGGGCAACACGCCCUCGAGCUUACGGCACUCGGCGAGCUUCUCGUGCUUGCAACGCGGCACUGCCGGCGAGGGUCAUCGGGCGAGGACCUCGACGUUGCUGCAACAACCGAGUCUACAGCUGAGCAACGGUCAUCAUCAGUACACGUCCAGCGGCCAGGCGGCGGCGGCUGCGGCCGCGGCAGCGGCCGCGCAUUGCUCCCUCCUGCAGCAUCAUCAGCAACAGUCCCGCGAACCGUUUGAUCCCGUCCUUCAGGACGGCAACGAUUACGGCUUCGUGAGGAUCCGGCCGCGGUUGCGCAGCACGAAUGCGACCUUGUAUCACGAGGAAGAAGUGGCGGCCGCGAAGAACGCCCUGAGGGAACAGCGUGACGCCGCCGCGUUCAGCGACCGCGAGUGCGACUCCAACUUCAGGGACUGCCCGUUGAAAGUCAAGGACCACCGCGAUCUCUCACCGAAGGGAACUGCCAAGAAUCAGAAUCCAUUACGGGGCGCGUUGAUUCUCUUCACCUCGACGUCGUCCUGGUGGAAGGCCCGACAACGGGAGGAGCAACUGAAUGCAACCGGCGGUGCCACUGCCGCUAUCAGCGCACCGUCGUCAGAACUACGGAAAUGGCCAGGCACUUCGAUGGCGUCACCCUCGAACGGGAGAAAGUGGCCGACCUCGAUGACGUCCCCCACGAACGAUCGGAAGUGGCCCGUGGGUAACAGCCUGCUAACGUCGCCGUCGAACGAGAGGAAGUGGAACAGAUCCUCGGUUUCGUCUACAUCGACGAACCAACAGGAUCGGAAGUGGCGGUCCCUCGGCGCACUUUUAAGGACUCCCGUCGGCACCAGCGGUAGCUCUCACAUCAGUCAGAACUCCCUAUCGCACAACAUGAGCGUGUCCAUGAUCGAGGGCGAUCACUUCCGCGAGGAAUCGCGCGGUUCGAGCUGCAAGGCGCGCUAUCAACAGCCGACGUCCUACUCGGCGCGGGUGUCCCGUGUCAGUAGAGACGUUUAUCGGGAGAACGGGGAGUUUGGUCAAAUUGCUGGCAGGUCAAAGGUCAGCCGCAGGUUGUACCAAGAUAGCGAGCCGGCAAACGAGCUCGACGAGAGACACGUCCCGCAGCGCAACCGACAUCAGCUGGAUGACCCCGAACAAUGCAGGAGCACUCGAGAGGGACGCGAGCACGGCAGAGCCACGGAACAGAGCGCCAUGGAGACCCGCGGCACGACCUCCACUACACGAUCGAGUCGCGCGCAGAGCUUUUAUCUUCUGGACGAUUUUCUGCGGCCGCAGCCCCAGCAGCCGAGCAACAAGUGCAUGCUGAAUCUAUACAUAUCCCCGUCGUACCCCGUCAAGUGCGAGCACGGCAGGUCGUGCGAGGUCAGGCAGGCGACCUGCCAGCAGGCGAACGUCGGCAGCAAUAUCACGCCGCCGCGACGCCACAACUCGAGCUCGGACAGCCUCGAAGUGGCCACCAGUCCGCUGCCGCCGCCGGUGCCGCCGCCGCCGCCGCAUCAGGCCGCAUCAGGUAACGCGCGGGACCGCGAACGGAAUGAGAACCCGAAGGAGGCGAGUAAGGACGUGUGCCCGUGCAAACUGUGCUGGACCAAUAUGCAGAGAUCCUUUGUGGAAGAGAGUCCUGGAACGUUGCACAAGGAUGUCGGCGGUGCUGGUACGAAGGUCAGCGAGAAAACCAUCGGUGGCGUCGGCACUGCGACCCUCACCACGCUCUCCUCCAUUAAUAACGCAUCCAACACCGGCCGUAAUAAAAACAACCCCGUAUCUCACGAGAAAUUGCCGUCUUUCUUCAACAGCAAGCCGACGCGAGUGGACAAGACGGACAACAACAAUGCGAACAAUUCUAACAGCACGAGCAACAACAUCCACAAUAUGCCGCUGCACGAACCCAUUAGUGCUACUUCCCCCGAAGUAUACGCCGGGAGAUUGCCUAUGACGCCCCAGGAGGCGGUGAAGUAUGGCGGCUCCAGACUGACGGAAUUCGAGCGCGCCGAGAUCGAGAAGUACUCGGAGAUCUGGUACCUGGGCCUGUCGGCCCACAAGAUCCAUGGCGAGGAGGUCUCCUCCCAGAACGGCGGCUACGACGACGAAAACGGCAGUUACAACAAGGUCCUGCACGAUCAUAUCUCCUACAGAUACGAGAUUUUGGAGGUGAUCGGCAAGGGGAGUUUCGGUCAGGUGAUCCGAGCGCUGGAUCACAAAACGGGACAGCACAUCGCCAUCAAGAUUAUCAGGAACAAAAAGAGAUUCCAUCAUCAGGCGCUCAUCGAGGUGAGAAUCUUGGAGCAUCUCAGAAAGAAGGAUUUGGACGGGAACUCUCAGCACAAUGUGAUACAUAUGCUAGAAUAUUUUUACUUCAGGAAUCACCUGUGCAUCAGUUUCGAAUUAAUGAGCUUGAAUCUGUACGAGCUAAUCAAAAAGAACAAUUAUCAAGGAUUCAGCCUGAGCCUGAUCCGCCGUUUCGCCAACUCGCUAAUUAGUUGCCUGAGACUGCUCUACCGAGAGAACAUCAUUCACUGUGACUUGAAACCGGAAAAUGUGCUGCUGAAACAACGGGGGAGCAGCUCGAUCAAAGUCAUCGAUUUCGGCUCGUCGUGUUACAGCCACCAGCGCGUUUACACGUACAUACAGUCGAGGUUCUACAGGAGUCCGGAAGUGAUUCUCGGUCUUCCCUACGGCACGCCGAUCGAUAUGUGGAGUCUGGGCUGUAUCUUAGCCGAGCUGUACACGGGAUAUCCCCUGUUUCCGGGCGAGGACGAGAUAGAACAGCUCGCCUGCAUUAUGGAGGUCCUCGGUCAACCACCGGAGCACAUUAUCAAUCACGCCACUCGUCGCAGGCUCUUCUUCGAUCAGAAGGGAAGUCCGCGAUGCGUGACAAACAGCAAGGGCAAGAAGAGAUGGGUAGGUAGCAAGAACCUCUCGCUGGCACUACGGUGCUCCGACAUGCUCUUCGUAAACUUCGUUAGCAGAUGCCUCGAGUGGGAUCCAAAGAAGCGUAUGACCCCCGACGAGGCGAUGCGUCACGAGUGGCUGACUUCGUCGUCGUCUUCGCACGUGAGCUCCUCCUCGUCAGCGAUAGCCUCGUCGACGGUGAACGCGAGCGCGAAUACGAUGACGACGAGCGUCGAGACGCCGCGGGAAUCCGCGCAUGCUCCGCAGACGGUGAGCGUGACUGUGAGCGCGCCGCGGCAACGGGCAACGACGAUGGAGGACCCGCCGUACACUAUGUACCGGUUGUACAAGGGACGCAAAUACGUGCAGAAAGUCUCCACAGGCACCGACGUCACCGACAACGGCGGCGGCUUGAUGGUGAAGAGCAAGCUGAACGGCAGCGCGAGCAGUCACGCCCUGGCGAGCAGCACGCAGACAGCGACGUCGAGGCACGCGUCGACCGGCGACAUCGUUGCGAGUCUAGACCCGAAUCUCGACGACUCAGGCACGUUCCUGCCGCCGAUAUUGUGAAGUCGGGUUUGCGCCAGCCACUUCUAAACGCGCUACUCGCGUACCGACGCGAUCAACAGGCUCGCUCUGUGCACCGCUGCGAGAAAUGCGUAGAUGUGUUUAUCACUUGACGUACAUCAAGAGCGGGUGCAAUUGAAUAGAAAGCGCGUAUAGAACUGGCUGGUCGGUCCGACGUUACCAUUUCUCGAUGCCAAACGGCUAGUUAAGCGCAAAGUCGCUAGUCUCGGCAUGUAUCGAGCUGUGAGGCCAAAAUGACGAUCUGACGACGGGAGAAGAGCGCGUAGGCAUGAUGAGCAAUAUAGAGCGAUCGCGUGAUCCGAUUCGCGCGCCCCCGAGGACUCUAGCGAUCCAAUGUCAUUCAGGUAAUCGUAAUGAACUCGCGCGCGCGCGCAUUAUCGUAGUUAUUCGCGAAAAAACAUAAACUUGCUGCCUAAGAUGAGGAUAUUAGCAUCGUUAGUGUAUACCGAUUCACAUUUCGACAUGGACCAUUGUACCUAUGUGGUUCAAAUGUUUAUCUCGCGCCUGUAUGAAACUGAAGAUAUUAACGGGUGAUGAAAUCUCGGCUGUAGAUGUAAAAAAAUUACCAUUGAAAAUUUGUACAGAAUUGCGUGGUUUGCCUUGCUGUCGACGAGCCGUGAAAGACGAUUCGUCGCCAGGUUGCGUUUUCGACGGUGAAAAAAAGCUCGCACGAAUGAACGCAAUCGGAAAGUAUACUGUAUAGCAGCAUCAUGCUUUAGGUAACUACGCGAGUGCAAGCGGCGCGAUGCGAUGUACGUAUCGUGGCAACGAUGUACGAUAGAGAAGUGAGGAACUCGAAGCGAAGCAUAUUAUGGUCAAACAACGAUUCGUCCGACAUUGCAGUGUAACGUCGGGGAUUACCAUCGAAUUACGGUCGCGCCGAGAAGACCUGAGUCGUUCGAGACCUGUGUGUCGCCGACACAAGGUCGCGCGAUUAAUAACGAAGCGUCAAGGCGAAGAAUAACAUUAAUACGUGAAGCGUGCUCCAGUUUAACGAGGCCUGAGUAGUCUUAUUGUGAUAUUAAACUACCACUGUCUUACUUAGAUCUCUCUGAUAUUAAGAAGUA